AAAGCUGAAAGAGCCGAGGAAUCGAUGGCGUCUGUGCGCGUCUCUUUAAGCGCGCGCAUAUCCGGCGGGACUAGCAGAGGAAAGCACUAAAGGACCUCAGUGUGCAGUCUGUCCGAGGGAGGCAGUCAGCGUCACAUCGAGGAACAUCAACUAGGAGAUCGACACCACCUGCUGACAAGCGUAUCACUGCGCUUCCAGAUGGCACACCGUGGACGGUACGGCACGACGACGCCGAUGGCGGCGGACAACAACUCGGUGCGAAGUGUAAGCUCCGAAGACGUGAGCUACGCAGGAGUGCGAGGUCAAUGCUGCGUGAAGGCAGCCAACCCCGCCUACAAGAGAGGCCGACGGCUCCAGCUGAUGCAGAUGCUAGUGCUCCCAUUUAUCCCUAUCUUGGCUCUCAUCAUCCAGACAGCCAUCACUCUGCACGAGAUCAUCAUAUACAGACAGGAAGUCUCCGACAUUGAAGCCCAGGUGACCAUUGCCACUGAUCUAGGGAAAGUGGUAACACAGAUGCAACUGGAAAGGUCUGAGGUCGCAUUUUUCAUAUUCACUAAUGGCAGUACUCUACGGUCGGGAUUGGACCACAGAUUUGCACUCACGAAUCAGGCUCUGAGUAAUAUGAGUACUUGGCCACCAGUGAAAGUUCCGGAAACUGAAAACAGCACUGUUCUUCUGGACAACAAGAGCACUUUCUUGAACCGCCUCAACGACUUCAGGUCAAAUGUCAGUGACAGUAGUAUCUUGGAGGUGUUGCAUUGGUACACAUCUGUUAAUGCUGCUCUGUUGGAUCAUCUCACCAAUCAGAUUAAAGAGACAGACAACAGUGGAGUGUGGAGAUACUUAAUUUCAUUCAAGAACUUGCUGAGGAGUAUUGAGAACAUUGGUAUUUCCAUGGUAUAUGGUAUCAAUUACUUUGCAAGAGGAGAACUUCACAAUUCAAGCUACAUCCAUUAUGUGCGUCAUGAAGCCUUGGGAAAUGAUCUCCUGAAUAGCUCACUCAAUUAUGUUCCAUCUCUUAGACAGCUAUACAGGGAUCUCACCACACGGAUGGAUGAUUAUGGAAAUAUCAGGACGAGAAAGGAAGAGAUUCUUAGUAACUCUCGACGCAACAAAAGUCAUGAGAUUGCCAAAAUUUACUUUGACAAUAUGGCUUCUUAUGUGGAUGAACUACGCAAACUACAGAGUGUACUUCGAGCCAAGAUUCGUGACUAUGUAAACUCUAAUUUAUUAGAUGCUAGCCACAAGGAAGCUUAUGGCAUAGCCAUCUUAGUUCUUGUGCUUCUAGUUUCACCCAUCAUCAUCGUCCUUGUGCGCAAUGCAGUUGCCACUAUUCAGAUGUACUCAGCUAAUCUAGCACAGAAGGCAAAGGAACUGAAGAAAGAGAAGAGGAUAAGUGACACGUUGCUGUUCCAAAUGUUGCCUCCAAGUGUUGCUCAGCAGCUGAAACAAACUCAACAGGUUCCAGCAGAAUUUUAUGCAUCUGUCACAGUUUACUUCAGUGACAUUGUUGGAUUUACAGAAAUUGCAGCUAUCAGUACUCCAUUGGAGGUCGUGACAUUUCUCAAUUCAAUAUAUAAGAUGUUUGAUGCACGUAUUGAGUGCUAUGAUGUUUAUAAAGUAGAGACAAUUGGAGACUCUUAUAUGGUGGCAUCAGGAUUACCCGUAAAAAAUGGUGAGGUGAAAGGAACAGGUGACAAACAUGUAACAGAGAUAGCAACAAUGGCACUCGAUCUUCUGGCAGGUUCUGUGAUGUUCAAGAUUCCACACCGUCCAAAUGAAAGGCUCCAAAUACGCAGUGGUGUCCACACAGGGCCAGUUGUUGCAGGCAUUGUUGGCACCAAAAUGCCUCGCUAUUGUCUGUUUGGUGACACUGUCAACACUGCAUCACGCAUGGAAUCAACAGGCGAAGCCUUGAGGAUUCACAUAAGUGCAGAAGUGAAACACGCUUUGGAUGCAGUGGGUGGUUUUCGGACUGAACAUCGAGGCCUUGUUGAUGUAAAGGGCAAAGGUCUGAUGGACACAUACUGGCUGGCAUGCAAAGAUGGAGGCAUCACCAGAUCUGCAGAUUUUGAUGUUCCUGCACUGUUUGAUGAUGACCAACCUAUGUUUAUUAGAAGGCUCCGUGAAGAAUACUACAUAUGGAACGCAGUUACGUUCUCUUUUAUUAGUCGUCACCGCGUGGAGGUGAACACAUGUGCACAUGUGCAAUACGGAGACACUUGCCGCUUCGGCUCUCCGACCACAGGUGUUGUAAUGACCCCACUAACAAAUACAGAUAUACAACACCAGACUCCAAGCCGCCAUUCAGCGUCAUCGGAAUGUACAAUAGAAGGGUCCGCUACGGUCGCUUUGAAAGUUGGCUGUUUCCGCGUGGACCCGAGUUCAACGACCGGCAAGAGGUUUUACCUGUUUCAGAUGAUCAUCCUUCCUUUCAUUCCCAUCGCGGCGCUAAUCGUACAGAACUGCUGCACCAUGGUGAGCGUCGCUCUUGCCAAUAGAGACGCCAUGGCCAUCAACAAACAGAUUAAGCUAACAGCUGAAGUAGUUGAAUUACUGACAACCCUUCAAUUCGAACGAGGCCAAGUUGCAUACUACAUCUUCACCGACGGGAACAGGACCAGUUUAAAUUCAAUAUUUAAGGAAACCAACGAAAAGAUAUCAUUAUGUUGGGGAAACUGGAACGAAGUGUUUAAAGGCGAUAAACAUUUUCAGCGUCACAUGGACCAUUUCAGUGCUAAGCGCCAAGGAGUUUUGGAAAUGGCGCAAAACCUGACCCGUUCAGAUGACUCUGCGUUACGUGAAAUGAAUUGGUAUAAUAUAGCAAAUGAGUAUGUCCUGGACCAGUUGUCAGAAAUAAUUCGUGAGACUUCAGUAAGUGGUGUGUGGAGGUUUCUGAUUGCAUAUAAAAAUAUCAUUUGUGCCGUAGAGAAUUUCAGUAUUGCAACUGUAUAUGGUCUGUACUAUUUUGGAAGAGGACAACUUGGUCUUGAAAGUUUUUCCAUGUUUGUGCGUUAUGACUCUCUUGCCCAGGACUACCUUACGGCCACUCAACAUUUCUCACUUGUCAUAUACGAAGAAUAUCAGCGUUUUCAGGCCAACAUUCCACUAUUUGAAAAUAUAACAGUAAGACGUCUGGAAAUCUACUCCAAUGAGCCACGGAAAUCUGAUUUUCAUAUUGCUGAAGAAUAUCAUGCAACAGUGUCACUCUUUCUUGCAGAACUCAGAAGAUAUCAAGAGAAGAUUCACUCUUUGAUUAGUGAGAAGAUGUACUGGGAUAUGAAUCAUGCAAGUCAUCAGCAAGCUGUUGCUAUAGUAAUUUUGGUGAUGGUGCUAACCAUCUCUCCAGUCAUUAUCUUUUUUGUAAGAAAUGCCACUCAAACCAUUCAGACAUUUGCAGGAACACUGAUUACUCGAACCUUAGAGCUGAAGUGUGAGAAAAGGAAAAGUGACCGACUGCUGUUCCAGAUGUUACCACCACCAGUUGUAAAGCAGUUGAAGCAGCAGAGGCAGGUUCCGGCAGAGAGUUUUGAAUCUGUAACCAUUUACUUCAGUGACAUUGUUUGUUUCACUGAACUAUCAGCUGUCAGCUCUCCCAUGCAGAUUGUUACUAUGCUCAAUACUUUGUAUCGCCUAUUUGACUUUCGCAUCCAGAAAUAUGAUGUAUACAAAGUGGAAACUAUUGGGGAUGCAUACAUGGUUGUAUCAGGCCUUCCACAAAGAAAUGGCAAUCGCCACUCUGGAGAAAUUGCCACUAUGUCUCUAGACCUUCUGCAUGGUGUUCGUCAUUUUGUGAUACCUCAUCGACCUGGUGAGAAACUGCAGAUUCGCAUAGGUAUAAACACAGGACCUUGUGUUGCUGGUGUUGUUGGUACAACAAUGCCACGUUACUGCCUGUUUGGAGACACAAUAAACACUGCAUCUCGCAUGGAGUCAACUGGAGAAGCUAUGCGCAUACAUAUAUCACAGAAGACAAAAGACAGUUUGGAUCUCUUGGGUGGUUAUCAUAUACAAUGCAGAGAGCCAAUGGAAGUGAAGGGGAAGGGUAUGAUGAACACCUACUGGCUUCUUGGAAAAGAAGACAGCUUCAUAUCUUCAUGUGAAGAAGACUUUAUCCAUAUAGAGAAGGCACCAGACUUUCUGCAGAUAAUUGGGCAAGAUUAAGAGAGAGGAAUAUAAGAUGUCAUAAUUUAAAUAAUUAUAUAACUAAAAUUCCAUAUUCCAAGUUUCGAAGCCAGAACAUUCUGGACAGUUUCAAGACAUGUCACUUCUAAUGCCAGUUCCUCAAAAGAGAAUGCCAGAAUAGUUAAAUACAUUACGGACUCUUUUGUUAUCACCAAUCACGCAAUAACCAUCUUCAGGGUGCACUCAGCAGCCUGACAUAUCAACUCCAAUGUGAUCAUAAGAAGUUGGGCUAAGAAAACUUAGUUGGUCUAUUUGUCAUGUUUCUGUUGAAGGAUACCUUUGUUUCAGAGUUCAAAGGCAGUCAGUCAUAUUCAGCUGAUCUUCUUUACUCAGAGUCAAAUAAAAUGAACAGAAAGGUCCAGAACUAAUAUUAAUUACCAUGUCCAAGACAUGUUAAUGAACACUUCAUUCUUGUAAAUACUGUUUUUUUAUGUACCAACUGAAAUACACUAAAUAUAUCACAGUAGCUGUGUCACUCAUACCUUUUUAACUAGCAUUUCGUUUAUUCACAAAACAUGUUACUGUAGCAGGUCAAAGGUCCAAAUAAGAAAUGCUUAAAAUAACCAAUUAAUAGCUUAACAUUUUGCAGCAUGUCAUUCUUCUUGAAUGGUACUGUCAUCUACAUUAGUUGUGCAUUGACAAAUGAUAUGAUGAUUACUAAUGAUAGGCUGGGAAGGAUGCAUGUAAAAAUGGUUAUUGCCCAUUUUAACUUGCAUGUUCCCAGCAUAUGCCUGCAGCAAUUGAGGAACUCCCAAAAAUUAUGUCAGUCUAACCAAUCUCCUGCUAAAUAUUCAAAUUGGGUACUUUCAAAAUCUAAAUUAUGAGUGUCAGCCACUACACUGUGACAUUCAGAUAAAUGUUGUUAAUUAAAGAUGCUUAUUCUUAAAUGUAUAUAAAAUGUUGCCAAUCUGAAACUUGUCUGAUAAUAAUGUAAUGUAGAAUGUGGGAAAACAGCCAUCAUUUUGAUAAUGAGACUAAAGACAAAUCCAGUCCUAAUCAACACCAUUUCUUGGACCAGUUUGAAGUAUUUGGAGAGUCAGAUAUACUGCACUGUAUGUAAAACCUGAAAUAAAUAAACAUGAUAUCACACUGCAAAGAACACAGCCCCCUACCACUCAACCAUGGGCACUCUGAUCCUGAAUUAUUUUGAAAACUGAUAAACAGUCUCACACAUCUUGAUUAUGAGUAAUGUUCACUGUGCACACAUGAACAAGCAUGGCAAUCUGCAGAAUACUGUAGAUGCUGUGGUAUUUUAAUACAUGUACAUCUUACAUGCGGAUUGAAUGUGACACCGCUACUGAACCAUUUUGUGUAGAUAUUUGGAAUAUUUGUUCUUAAAUACAAAUAAAGGAAGACAUAUUUUAGAAUAUUAA